UCUCUCUGAAUUUUAGGCUUUUGCAGAUUUCUCGACUCAUCUUCUGGCUUCAGGUUCAGAUUUAUGAGUUUUGUGUUCUCGCUUAACUUACUUCAGUGUUGAAAGCUAAGUCGAAAGCAAGAGAUACCCAUCAACCAUUUGAUGCAAAGAUUUCGACUUUCCCAUCUUUAGUGAAUUGUACCCGCUGAGACAGGUUGUCUUAUGGUUUGAAAACAUGAUAUCUAUUGAGGGGCCGAUGGGACAGACUCAGAAAAUUCAGAGUUCAGCUUCGUCCUUCAAAAGGUUGGGUAGGAAGUAUCCAUUUAUCAGAUAUGGGCUUCCAAUGAUUUCACUCACUGUCUUUGGUGCAGUUGGCCUGGCUCAUCUCUUGCAAGGCAGUAAGGAUAUUACAAAGGUGAAAGAAGACCAGGAAUGGGAAAUCCUUGAGGCAAGGAAAGCAUUAUCAAGAACAGGACCUGUUGGUGCAUAUAAGCCGAAAAAAAUUUCAUUGGAGGAUGAGUUAAAGGCUUUGCAACAGAAGGUUGACAUAAAUGACUACGAGUACAAGAAAAUUCCUAGGCCAAAUGAAGGCAAGUCAAGCUAGCCUCUGGCUCUCUAUGCCCAAGCCUAUUUCUUAGCCGUAAUAAAACAUUAGCGACGGUUGGAAACUGUCCUGGUUUGUAAUUUGAAUACAAUUUUGAUAGAAUGACAUUGGUGUUUUCCAUUCUGCAAGGAAAUUUACAUUUCCCAAGUCCAUUGUCUUGAUUGCUAUAUUCACUUAUACCUGCACAUUUUUGGUGGUUGAUACUUGAUACGUAUAAUAAUCAAGAUUGUUUUCUAUU